CCUCCUCCUCCUCCUCGCCGCUCGCUGGAAGCAGCCGAGGCCGCCGCCGCCGCCGCCAGCAUGCCGGCCAUCAAAAGGGAGCGCCCGGAUGGCGAGGAGCUGGCGCUGGCCGCCUUCCACCAACCCAUGGAGGCGCUGCCCGGGUACCUGGUGCCCUUAGCCGCCGCCGCCGCCGCUUCCAUCCCGGUGGUGACCCCGCACCCGCCGCCGCCGCUGCCGCCGGCUUACGAGCAGCUCUUCGCCGCCGCCGUCGCCCACCACCACCACCACCACCAGCAGCAGCAGCAGCAGCAACGCGCCUACUUGGACUUCCACGCCGCCGCCCCGCCGCCGCCGCCGCCCGAGGAGCUGGUGCUGGAGCGCUUCUCCUCCGCCUCCGCCGCCUCCGCCUCCGCGCCGGACUUCCAGCCCUUCUUCGACCGGGGCGAGCCCUGCCUGGAGGUGGAGUGCGGCGACAACCGAGCCCUGCUCUACAUCCGCAAACUCUGCCAGGGCAGCAAAGGGCCCUCCAUCCGCUACCGGGGCGAGUGGCUCACCCCCAACGAGUUCCAGUUCGUCAGCGGCCGGGAGACCGCCAAGGACUGGAAGCGGAGCAUCCGACACAAAGGGAAAAGUUUGAAGACGCUUAUGUCCAAAGGAAUUUUACAGGUACAUCCACCAAUCUGUGAUUGCCCUGGGUGUCGAAUUUCGUCUCCAGUGAAUCGGGGGCGUUUGGCGGAGAAGAGGACAAUCCCCCUGCCUCCCUCUCGAACUCCAAAAAAGGAGCCCCCUGCUCUUUUCUCACACAGCGACAACCACAAGGAGGUGGAAAAAAUCAACGGGCAUCACCCUCAUGUCAAACAGGAAGAGGACUUGCAUAUUAGUAUCAUGAAAAGAAGCCAAAACGGUGAUCUCACCUCUUUCCUCUCCAGUCUUAACCAGAGCCGGCAGCUCGGCAUGCCCGAGACCCAGAACCGCUGUGAGUUCAAACGAAGCAGCCUGGAGGUUGGCUUGGGAGCAGCAGAUGAAGUUUUAGGCAAAAGGAAAAUCUGUGUGCCAGGUAGCAACGGAGACUGUCUUUUGGAGAGCAAAAAAUCUCGAAGCGAAUCCCCAAAAGAAAACUCCCACACGCCUUUGUUGGAGGGCUCGGUGACACAGAUGACUCCGGAAGAAGAUUACCGGCGGUUGAUGUCCGCACUCAACGAACACAGCACUUUCGAAGAGCAGCAGCAACAACAGCAGCGUCUCUACCAGUUGGCCGGCGGGAUAUCCGUCCCGAGUCACAGCGAUAUCCUCCGGGCGCGUCAAGAGGUCGCCUCGCGAAACCCCAGCAGCCUAGAGCCUCACCUUCCCUCGGCCAGCAACUCGGCCAGCCAGCGCAGAAAGCAGGGGCUUCCACAGCACCGGGAUUCGCACUUCAGCGAGAGGGAGAUGUCCCACCCUCCACCUCUCCUGUCGCCCCAGAAUGCUCCCCACAUCGCUUUAGGGCCUCACUUGAGACCCCCGUUUCUGGGGGUGCCUUCAGCUUUGUGCCAGACACCAGGCUACGGUUUCCUCCAGCCAGCCCAAGCGGAGAUCUUUGCCCGCCAGCAAGAGAUGCUCAGGAAACAGAAUCUUGCCAGGCUGGAGAUGUCCGCGGAAAUUAUCCGGCAGAAAGAACUGGAAAACCUUCACCGCCAGCGGCUCCUGGCGACCGACCCCAUGGCUUUGCACCCGGGCCUUCCCCCAGACCACCCCGCUUUACGGAGCCUCCACGACAUCCCGGAAGGGCACCCGCUUCGGGACGAGCUCUCCCGGAGGAACGCCAUGCUGGUCCUCCGGCACAACAACGCCCCGCUGCUCUCGCUCAACCCUCAAGGGGUCCCCGCCGUCUCCACCACCCCUCCCAAGGAGCAGGGCACGCGGAGGGGCACCCGGAAGGCCGCACACUCACGCUCCGAGGCUCUGGGCCAGAGCGAAUCCAAAGACUUGUUGGACAGCCGCCCGCCGGAGGAAAUGAAGGACUCGGAUAGCGACGCCGAAGCGAGCGACGAGAAACCGGAGGCGCUGAAGCCCGAGAACAGCGGAGCGGCUGGCGAGGUUAAGGAGUGCAAAGAGGCGGUGGCAAAGAUUGGCGAGGGCGCCAAAGAACUGGGCGAGGUGCCAGCUGGGCAGAACCAGCCCUGCAGUUCCUCCAAUCCGGAGUUGCCUAGCUAUCUCCUGGGCCCGACCGUUGGCAAAGCGGAGGCCAAGCUACUCCCCACAGCUUCCCUCCCACCACCCCAGCCGCUGCCAUUUGGUUUCCCGUAUACGAUGAGUCCGUAUUUCCAUGCAGGCACAAUGGGAGGUCUCUUUCUGGAUGGGGAAGAGGGUCCCGCCGCUACGGCGUUGCAAGACGUCAGUAAAUGGAGCAUAGAUGACGUGUGCAGUUUUGUGAGCUGCCUCUCCGGUUGUGCUGAAUACAGCCAGGUCUUCCGGGAACAGGCCAUCGAUGGCGAGACCCUGCCACUCUUGACCGAAGAGCAUUUACUCAACCACAUGGGCUUAAAACUAGGCCCAGCAUUGAAAAUAAGGUCACAGGUAGCCAAGAGGGUGGGCCGGGUGUUGUAUAUGGCCAGUUUCCCGGUGGCUUUCCCAUUGCAGCCGCCCGGCCUGCGACCCGCCGAUUGCAACCUUCCUCCCGCGGAGCUUCGCCCACCCUCCACUGGAAGCGUGGCCUCGUCCCCCUACGGAGGGACGCUUCUCCCCAGCCGGGUCUCCCCCAAGCAGGAAAAUGGGACUUCUCUCUUGGCGCUGGGCGAUGCCCCCAAGCCCCCUUCGUAACGCCUGGAUUCUCCGCCGUCGGACAUCUCACUGAAGAAGGAAGUUUCUCCCCCACCAAGAGGCCGUGUGGAAAUCUGCUAAAAUAUUCGUAUGGGGGGGGGGAGGAAAUAAAGACUCGGCGGGAUGGUUUUUUUUUUUGGUUUUUUAAAUUAGGGUGGGGAAACUGCUCCAAAGAAACCUUGGAAGGAAGACACACCUGGAGAAGGAAAAAUGGCUCUGCAAACUGGCCAUGGAGGGGCAAGGAAACCCCCCUCCUCCCCUCUGCCUUUUUUGCAGAGGGGAGUGUGGAAUCUCAUCCCUGGCUGGAACCAGUACAGCGCCCCUUUCUUGGGGGGGGAGGGACGGGGAGGUCUAUGCAUCGCUAGCAGCUUUUGAAUUAAUACCAAAGACAGACAAAGUGAUCCAGUGUCCAAACUCCACUCCAUGAUAUUUUUUUUAAUUAUUAUUUUUUAUUAUUUUUAUUUGGAUGGUACAGCACAGCCAGUCCUGUGUGGGGCUAUCUUCUUCCUUUUUUCUCUCUCCUUUGACUUCCUGUGUCUCUCUCUUUGAUGGGCAUCGGUUGGUUGGUUUGCUUGCUCGGUCGGUUGUUUGUUUCCAUCCUGGCCUUUCUGGGCAUCUGGUUGACUCGGACUCCUGUCCUUCUGAGGUCAGUUAAACGGGGACCCGGAUUGUUUGGGGGGUGCAAUGCAUUGUUGACUCUGCAAACCGCUUAGAGACGGCCGUAAAAGCCCUGUGAAGCGGCAUAGAAGUCUUAAAAGUGCUAUUGCAGUUUAGAGGCUGCAGGGAGGCCCAUCAGCCGCGGGUUUGGCUGCCUGGGAAUUGUUGGGAAGGAGGCAGAAAGGAAGCAGGAAGGAUAUUGUGCUUGGGGGAAUGGGGGUAACCCAUUGCUUCCCUUCUGGAAGUCUCUUUGUAUGUGUGUGAGGGGUCCUUGGUCCUCUCCGAGCUUGGUUUCUUGCAGACAUCUCAUUAUCCAAAUAGGUAACGUCAUCAGUGCAGUGAGGAUUGGGAUGAUCAGGGCACUGAUGACGUUACCAAGCUGG